AUGACUCAAAAUAUGGAGAGCAGUAACAUAGACUCCUUGAGAGAUUUUGAUUCUAGUACUUAUGAUCAGGAAGUACAUGAAAGUGACCAAAAUGAUCAAGAAAUCUUUUUGAACUGUGUAGAGAACACUAGUGACUGCAGAAACAGCUUGGAAACUAACUUUAGAUUUAUCGUAGAUUCUGAUUAUGUUAUGAAAAAGCUAAAAAAAGCUUAUUGCGAACAACUUACAGAAGUACGAAACUAUCCAUGUCAAGACUGGACUUGGCUUAAAGAUAGAACGAUUAAAAGCGGUUUACGAAUAAAAUUGUACUUCAAACGUCAUUUGUGUGAGCAUGAAGCUGCAAUCUUGUUAGAGCUUAGGGAGGACGAGAAAUACAUGGAUAUUAACAAGGCACUGGAACAAGAGGCUGCUGUUGAUAAACAAAAAAGCAAAAACAAUUCCUGGCAAAUUAAAGUUGAAGAGUUCCAUAAAGAUAUUUUAAAUAUUCUUAAACAUGUAUUCGGCAAACACAAAGAUUAUUAUGAUAGAGGAUAUGAAUGUGAUAAAAAGAAGAUGACAAAGAAGAAGAACAAAAAAGAAGAAGAAGAAGAAAAAGAAGAAGAGCAAGAAGAGGAAGAGGUAGAGGAAAAAGAAGAAUCUGAAGAAAAUGAAGAAUAA